UGUAUUGAAGGUGAAAUCACUUGGACGAUGUUCUUCACCUCUGGCCGACUGGGCCUCUCUCUCUCUACUCAGGUGAUACUGUGAUAACUAUGUCCUUAUGCCAGACUGGGCAGCAGAGCAGUGCAGCACAGCAGCAGCGCAUGACCUGUUCCUGUUUCUGUUCCUGCACAUUUUCCAGUUCAACAAUGUCCUUCUACCAUUGUUUUGUGGGACCUGUAGUGCCUGCUGUAUGCGUGGGACCUGUAGUGCCUGCUGUAUGCGUUUCUUCGAAGGCUUUCAGCUUCUGUUCUUCACGGUCUCUCGAACGCUCCGCAUGGAGAACCUUCACUGUUUCGAAAUUAAACGGAUUUCGAAAUGAUUUUUCCGGGCGCCAGGAUCGCCGAAAAGUGUUUUUCGCGGCUUCUGAAGGAUCCAGUUCAGACUCUGAUUUAGAAGACUAUGGGCUUUCGAGGAAAAGGAAAGUUGUAGAACACAUUUGUCUUCUGAAAGCGAACAGGGACUUGACUGAAGAGGAGGAGAAUGAUAUGCUUGAUUAUCUUUAUACAUCUCAGUACCAAAUGGGUGGAAUUGUUGCAAUAUCAUUGGGUCGUCUCUCUGAAAAGAACCCUGAUGGCUACACCCAUGCUGUAUAUUUGCGUUUCCAAAGGCAGGAAGACCUAUCAAAGUUCUACAAGAACCCCUUCUACUUGGGAGUUAUAAAGGAUCAUGUUAUGCCAUACUGCCAUGGAUUGAUAUCUGUGGAUUAUGAAUCUGAAGUAGAAGAUGAUAUCCUGCUCAUAUUCCGGAAAGGAGAGGAGUUCAACUAUGGUCUGGAGUUUGUGCUUCUGAUUUCAGUUGUUGAGACUGGAUGCAGUGGACCUGUAGAUGAUGCAUUGGCUACUAUAGCAAAGCUGGCCAUGAAAUUUCCCUCCUUAAUUGUACAGGCCACUCAAGGUUCAAAUUUCAAUACUUCUGACACUGAAUAUACCCAUGCUGCAGUUAUACGCUUUCGAUCCAGUGAGCUUCGUAUGCAACCUUUGACAUUUGCUUGUUUCAUAACUUCAUUGGUUGUUAAUCUUGCUUCUAUUCUUGCAGUUGAAGCCUUUGAGAUAUUUGUAGCCAGCUCGGAAUACAAAGAUGUGAGGAUCCAAUAUAACCAAAUCUUCAGGCAUUUUAUAUUUUUGUGUUAUUAGUCACUCUCAAGAAUGAAGACUGGAUGGAUUGGGGAUUCAAUAAUGUGGGUUUAUAACACACAUGGAUGUUAAGCUGCUAAGCAAAAACAUGGUUUUGUGUUUUCAUAUUUGGAUGGCAUUAUGAUUGCUUGGGAUCUUCUGAGCUCACUUUCUACACAUUCUUGUCUCAUUUAUUUUUUUGAAGUGUUAGUUGUCUCAUUUUCUUGUCACCACCGUCUGGAAUAUUAUUAUUGUUUUAUGUUAUAACAGCCAUUUUUCUGUGCCUAAACAUGCAGAUUUGGAGGUCAAAGUUUCAGCCAAUCACCCAAAAAAGUCUUGCAGUUCAUUUUGCUGUUGAUCCUGUGGGCACUGAAAUUAUGUAACAGAGCACCUUUAGUUUGAUUCAUUAGUUUCCUCAUUCAUUUUAGCCAUUUGAUCAUAGUCUUCUGCUUAAAAUUUUAUUUACCACUGCCAUGGAGUUCUCAUCAGGAUCGAAGGUUCUCUCUCUUCUUGCUAAACUUGUUUAAAUUGUAAAUGAAUGAAGCCACACUUUGGAGUAGUCUUACCA